CAUGGGAGCCGGAUGCUACAAGAGUUCAGUGUACUGUUAGCAGCUCUGGCCUGAUUUGAGGGAGCUGACACACUUUGUAUUCCCAAAUCUAAAUGGAAUUAGUUGAGUCUGAAGCCGUUUGUGAAAGGAACAGACAUGGUACAUGGGCACAGCAUCCCUCACGUUGUUGCAAGUCUUCUCAUACUUGGGUUGUCUGGGGCAACAAGAAAGGAUACAGCAGUGAAAAACAAUUCUGGAGUAAAGCCUGCUGGUCAGUGUGGAACGUGGGUGAAAGAACCAGAAGGAGGGAUCUUUACGUCUCCCAAUUACCCAAACAAAUACCCCCCAGACACAGAGUGUGUUUACAUCCUUGAAGCUCCCCCGAGGCAGUGUAUCGACCUACACUUUGAGGAGAAUUAUUCCAUUGAGUCCUCUUGGGAAUGUAAAUUUGACAACAUCGAGGUUCGGGAUGGACCGUUUGGCUUCUCCCCAAUACUUGGACGGUACUGCGGUCAGCAAAGCCCGCCUGACAUCAGGAGUAGCGGCCGAUAUCUAUGGAUAAAAUUUGUAACAGAUGGUGAACUGGAAGCAGUGGGAUUUUCAGCAAAUUACAACUUCACUGCAGAUCCGGACUUUGCAGACUUGGGAGUCCCCCCGCCUCUGCCCUCCUGUCAGUAUGACAUGGUUGGGCCAGAAGGUAUCGUUGAGUCCCAUCAGAUCACCAGAGAUGGGAAGGCAGGCGCCACCGAGGCCGUGGACUGUAAAUGGUACAUCCGGGCUCCGCCGCGCUCCAAGAUCUACCUGCGUUUCCUCGACUACGAGAUGGCCAACUCCAAUGAAUGCAAGCGCAACUUUGUGGCAGUGUAUGAUGGCGGCAGCUCUGUGGAAGACCUGAAGAGCAAGUACUGCUCCACGGUGGCCAACGACCUCAUGCUGGUUUCCACUCUGGGCGUCAUCCGCAUGUGGGCGGACGAGGCCAGUCGUAAGAGCCGCUUCCGGAUCCUUUUCACAACCUACCAAGAACCUCCAUGUGAUGCAGAUGCCUUCUUCUGUCACAGUAACAUGUGCAUCAACAACACGCUGGUGUGCAACGGCAUGCAGAACUGUGUCUACCCCUGGGAUGAGAACCAAUGUAAAGAAAAGAGGAAAGCCAACAUCCUGGACAACCUGAACAACACAAACGGAACGAUUAUCGGUGUCACUUGUUGCAUCGUCCUCAUCCUCCUCAUCGUCUCCGUCAUCGUCCAGAUCAAGCAGCCACGUAAAAAGUACAUCCUGCGGCGUGAGGACUUUGAUCCCACCAUGUUCCAGGAGGUUUUCGAGCCACCUCAUUACGAGCUGUGUACGUUACGGAGCGCCACCGCAGCCGCAGCCACCUCAGCGGACUUAGUCGACCUAGCUGAAGACUUUGAGAACUACCACGCCCUCCGCCGUGCCUCCUCCCGCUGCGUCCACGAUCACCACUGCGGCUCCUCCUCCAACCCCGGCUCCGCCCACAUAUCCCAGCUGUCACUCAGUGGACGAGGCAGCCGGGGGAACUUGAGCGCUCGAGACGCUGCGGCGGCUACCAUCCUCACAGACCUUCCACAGCCGCCCAUGUCGGUGCGGCCCUUGCUGCCGACCACAGGAAACCGCAGGAGCAUCUUGGUCAUGAAGCACAGCUACUCGCAAGACGCCGCGGACACUGGAUGUGACCUGGACGACGACCUGGACGAAGUUCCCACUACCAGCCACCGGCUUUCACGCCACGAAAAGGCAGUACAGCGGUUCUGCCUCAUUGGCUCUUUGAGCAAACAUGAAUCAGAGUACAACACAACUAGGGUCUAAGAGACAAUCUCAAGACUUCUUGAGAAUAGUGCAAUCCUGGAUCAGUACGAACGGGCGUCACUGAAAUAUGAGAAAACGGAGCGGAGAUUUACACCAGCAUGAUGCUGAUGAUGAUGAUGAUGAUGAUGAAGGGACACUUUGCUGACAGUACACUGAAUUUGUGGGACUAGAUGAAAAUCCUUCAGCUGCAGUGCUGUGAGAUUAUUGAAACAAGUCAGCUCUGUCUGUACUGGAGUCAUUUUUGUCUCACUAAACACAAAGGACCUUCCCAACGAGCUCGACUAUUCAUAACUGAGACUUUAAAUUUGGUAUGUUAGCUGGAAACAUCUGUCACUGUCAUAGAUCUCUCACUUAUACCAAAAUGAAUGUGAUCAAACAUCUUUCAGCUCAUUUUUAAUUAAGCAUGUAUUCUUUUAAAUAACGGCGAACAUAUGAUUUUAAUGGCUCAUCAUAGAUGCUUGCAGUUUGUCAUUUCUUAGAAGAGUUUUAGAGAAAAGUUGACUUUAUUAAGAACUAACCUGAAUAGAUCUAACACUGUCAGAGUAACCUGAAGGAGUUUAAUUUGGCUAACAAUAAAAUGCCGAGUGGCUUGUGCAUGCUUAUUUUAUACCCAUAAAAGCAUUAACACACUAACAUUAAGGAAUAAAAAGCCCCCAUUUACUAACACAUAACUCAUGUAGACAUGAAAAGGGUGAAAAAGCAUCAUCAAAGUUUAAGGCAUUGCAUGUCGUCACCUAGCUUGGUCGAAGAGAGCUGCGCAAGAACAUUUCAACAUUUUCUGUUCAGAACAAACUCCCUUUAAAAUCCUUUGACUAACUCUUUGGCAGGCUGUUUGUUCAGUUUCUCUUUCUGAUUGGCGAUGUAUUUACGUCAUGUCUGUUUGUCUUCUCUCUUCUACUGUAGGAGCUUAAUAUCUUUGUAUUAAAAUAAACUUUUCUACUAGGGCUAAUUGAAAGGAUGACAGUUUUUACAGUUACUCCAGUGACCUUUCAGGGCUGAUUUUACUGAUGCUUUGUAAAAUUAAAAACAAUAAAGCUUCACAUUUUCUUUGUUUUGUUGAAUUUGA